ACCCACCAGCCCGUGCCACGCAACGGUGCCACCAGGCGGCUCCCCCACCUCCACGCCGCACCACCGCAGCGCGCCAUCCGGUCACCAGCGCGUGAUCAUUGAUCCCCGCCAGGCCGCCACGCCACCGUCGGUCGGUCGGGGUCCCCGCGCCCGCCUGCCCCCGCUCCCCGCCUCCGGUUCCGCGAGAGGUCGGUCGGGGGUCUCUCGCGGCUUUUGGGUUAACACGGGCAGCAACUGCUCUCCUCCACUUCCCCGCUCCCCCAUCCCCUCCGCCACUCCCAACCCCAUAGCUCAGCGCCACCGCCGCUCCGCUACGACGCGGCGCUGUCCUUCCGGAUCCACCGUCCUUCCGCCGGCGCCAUGGAGCCAGGCGAUUCCAACUCCGCCGCAGGAGGGAAGACACAAAAUGCUUCAGCACCACCUGUUGAAGGCGUAGCUGGAGGAGGGACUAGUUAUGGAUGGGUGGAUGGAGGCUUAUGGGGUACAAGUCUGGGUGCCGGUGUAAUUGAUCCUACGAAAAUACACUCAGAAGAUCUUUUGCACGUCUGGUCAAUGCCCAGCACAGCAAAUGUUAGCCAGCAAGAAGCACCUCGACCUCUAGAGAAAGUUAACCUUCUGGCAGCAAGAAAUGAAAGAGAAAGUUUUCAAAUUGCUUUGCGCCCAAAGGUUUCAUGGGCCACUUCAGGUAUUGCAGGGUCUGUGCAGAUCCAGUGCACCGAUCUCUGCUCCUCCUCAGGAGACAGGUUAGUGGUUGGUCAGUCCAUAACUUUGCGACGUGUGGUGCCUAUCUUAGGUGUACCAGAUGCUCUUGUGCCUAUUGAUCCACUCAGUCCCCAAAUAAGUCUAUACCCAGGGGAGACAGCUGCAGUAUGGGUAUCAUUAAACGUUCCAUGUGGGCAACCACCUGGUUUAUAUGAGGGUGAAAUAUUCAUUACUGCUGUUAAGACGGAAUUAGACAGUUCCAGAACAGAAUCUCUACCAAAAUCUGAAAGGUACGGGCUGUAUAGAGAAUUAAGAAGUUGUCUUGACAUCACUGAACCCAGAGACUACUCGUCACCAGAGGACAUGGUACAAAGGCUAACAUCAGCUUCUACCACACUGAGGAGGAUGUUGGAUAAUCCAGCACUACAGGACUGUCAAGAGAGUAAUGGAUUUGGAGACAUGAUGGAUGAAGAUGUUAUGAACAAUGUUUCAGUUCGUUUGAAGUUAAGCCUUACUGUUUGGGAUUUCACUCUCCCAGUGACACCAUCAUUACCUGCUGUUUUUGGUAUAUCUGAAACUGUCAUUGAAGAUCGUUUCUGUUUGGAGCAUGGCACUGAAGGAUGGUAUGAUGCACUGGAUCAUCACUUUAGGUGGCUCCUCCAAUAUAGAAUCAGUCCAUUUUUCUGCAGAUGGGGUGAUAGCAUGCGCAUUCUAGCAUACACAUGCCCUUGGCCUGCUGAUCAUCCGAAGGCUAAUGAAUAUUACUCUGAUCCAAGAUUAGCAGCAUACGCUGUACCCUAUGCACCUAUCCUAUCAUGCACUGAUGCUGCAAAAAAUUCCUUGAGAAGAGAGGUUGAAAUCUUAAAAUCGAAGCCUCAUUGGUCGAAAGCUUACUUCUAUUUGUGGGAUGAGCCAUUGAAUGUGGAACAAUAUGACAUGAUAUGCAACAUCUCUAAUGAGUUACGGUCAUAUUCACCUGAUGUGCGAAUUUUAACAACUUACUAUUGUGGCCCAAGUGGCUCUGAACUGGCUCCUUCUACAUUUGAAGCUUUCGUGAAAGUCCCAAAUGUUCUACGUCCACACACGCAGAUCUUUUGCACAAGUGAAUGGGUUCUUGGCACAAGAGAGGACCUAGUGAAGGAUAUUGUUGCUGAAUUACGACCUGAUCUUGGUGAGGAGUGGUGGACAUAUGUUUGUAUGGGCCCUUCUGAUCCUCAACCAAACUGGCACCUUGGAAUGCGCGGAACCCAGCACCGGGCAGUGAUGUGGAGAGUGUGGAAGGAAGGUGGGACAGGAUUCCUUUAUUGGGGUACCAACUGCUAUGAGAAGGCAAUGAUUCCAAGUGCUGAGAUCUGUUUCCGACGUGGCCUUCCUCCUGGCGAUGGGGUCCUGUUCUACCCUGGUGAAGUGUUCUCAUCGUCACAUGAACCAGUUGCAUCCACCCGACUAGAACGCAUUCUCAGUGGCAUGCAGGACAUCGAAUACCUGAAGCUUUAUUCUUCACGGUAUGGGAGGGAGGAAGGCCUGGCCCUACUCGAGAAGACUGGCAUGUAUCUUGGCCCGGAUCGGUACACGCUCGAUCAUGGACCGGUAGACGUGAUGCGGGGUGAGGUAUACCGCACCUGCAGGUCUUUGGGCACGGGCCUGCCAGAUGUUCAUCAUGUUCGUUCAGCGUAGCGCCUUUGUUGUAUAUAUUGUGGUCUUACUGUGUUAAGGUCUAUGUUAUCUAUGCUCCGUGUUUAGCGAUGCAAAACCUGGUACAUGCUCCUGAAUUACCGACCAGCUCAUUAAAGCUGGAUCAACUGGUUGCCUGGUGGCAUCAUCUUUUCUGACUGUUCUGCCCGGAUGAAUCUGGCGUGUUUUUUCA